AUGCGAGCGCGCAUUCUCACACAAACCGCUACCGGAUUGGUACGCCCUGCCAGAACCCAGCAAUCGAAUCACUCUGUUGUAUUUCGACGGAAACACUUUAUAGCAACACUGUCUCGCGGCUCUCCAUCCCACGCUCGAACCCGCAUCAAUGCUGGGUUCCAGCCCAAAGUCCUGGCUUCUAUUCGUCACAACUUGAACGCAUCCGUUCACUGCCGCUCUUUGUCCGGAAAGCCUCUUCCCCAGGUUAAUUCUUGGGUACUCAAUUUCUGCUACCGGGCCGGUGCCUGGCUUGGAAUAUCUAUAACAGUACUUGGGAUUGGCGUGAUUGCCUUCUUCCUCUAUGAUGCGACCACUUACAAACACGAAAGGGAGCAGAGCGACAUCAAUAUUUCGCAACUGGCUCUGCAGCCCCGACGAGGCGGGCCAAACAAUCUCCCAAUUGCCGAGGUGUUCAUCGAUGACGACGAUUGCGAAGAAAAAAAGCGAAUCAAAGAUAAGCCUAGGCUCGUCGUGCUCGGUGGGGGCUGGGGUGGUGUUGCUCUCCUAAAAAGCCUAAACCCUGACGACUAUCAUGUUACAGUGAUCUCGCCCACCAACUAUUUUCUCUUUACGCCGAUGCUUCCUUCAGCUACUGUGGGAACCUUGGAGUUUCGAUCUCUUGUUGAGCCCAUUCGCCGAGUUUUGAGCCGAGUUCAUGGCCACUUCAUUCGAGCCAAAGCAGAAGACGUCCAUUUUUCUGAUAAGUUGGUUGAGGUGUCUCAGCUGGACAGCCGUGGGAAAGAGGUACGAUUUUAUGUACCGUAUGAUAAGUUGGUAAUUGCUGUUGGUUCUGUCACAAACCCCCACGGUGUCAAGGGCCUUGAUAAUGCCUUCUUUCUCAAGGACAUCAACGAUGCAAGGAAAAUACGCAACCAGGUGAUCCGCAAUAUUGAGGUUGCUUGCUUGCCGACGACGUCGGAUGAAGAACGCAAGCGGCUUCUUUCUUUUGUUGUGAGUGGCGGUGGACCUACGGGCGUCGAAUUCGCUGCGGAAAUGUACGAUCUUUUGAAUGAAGAUCUUACCAGGCACUUUCCCCGGUUGCUCCGAAAUGAAAUUUCCGUUCAUCUCAUUCAAAGUCGAAGCCAUAUUCUUAACACCUAUGACGAGACUGUCUCCAAAUAUGCCGAAGAUCGAUUUGCGCGAGAUCAGGUCGACGUUCUCACAAACUCACGAGUGAAGGAAGUUUGCCCAGACAAGAUCGUUUUCACGCAAAAGCAAGAAGACGGCAGUCUCGUUACUAAAGAGCUUCCGGCAGGCUUUGUGCUUUGGUCCACUGGCGUGUCCCCAACCGCACUUUGCAAGAAAUUGGCUCAUAAGCUAGGGAAUGUCCAGACCAAUCGUCAUGCGCUGGAGACCGACACACACCUCAGGCUUAAUGGAACACCAUUAGGUGAUGUCUAUGCGAUUGGAGACUGCUCUACUGUUCAGAACAAUAUUGCGGAUCACAUUAUAACCUUUCUCCGCACUCUUGCGUGGAAGCACGGCAAAGAUCCCGAAACGCUUCAGCUACACUUCAAGGAUUGGCGUCAGGUCGCGCACGACGUGAAAAAGCGCUUUCCCCAGUCCGUGAACCACCUCAAACGACUAGACAAGCUUUUUGCCGAGUUCGAUAAAGAUCAGUCUGGAACGUUGGAUUUCGGGGAGCUGAGGGAACUCCUAAACCAGAUUGAUAGCAAGUUGACCUCACUGCCUGCGACUGCCCAAAGAGCCCACCAACAAGGCUACUACCUUGCUCAGAAGUUCAACAAACUUGCACACUUGUCGGAAGGGUUAUCAGCCAAUGAUAUUCGAGAUGGAGACCUUGAUGCUGCAGCCUACAAAGCGUUUGAGUAUCACCACUUAGGGAGCUUAGCAUAUAUUGGAAACUCUGCUGUGUUUGAUCUGGGUGAAGGCUGGAACGUGGCAGGCGGUCUUUGGGCUGUUUAUGCAUGGCGAUCUGUCUAUUUUGCGCAAAGUGUGAGCUUCCGUACGCGCUGCUUGCUGGCCAUGGACUGGGCCAAGCGUGGACUAUUUGGACGAGGUGAGUAA